GGGAAUUUUAUGGCAGCUGUCCUUUGUUUCUCCCUUCUGCAUUUGGUUUGUGCUUUGGUGGACACAGAUGAUGUUUUAACCAAAGAAGAACAGAUGUAUUUGCUAGAUGUAGCAGAAACAAAAUGCCACCAACAGAUACAUGCCCAGAAGGAGAGAAUGAAAGGUGGCAACUGUUUGCCUGAGUGGGAUGGGAUUAUCUGCUGGCCUGAAAGCUUCCCAAAUGAACAGGUGGCAGUCCUAUGCCCAGACUACGUCUAUGACUUCAACCACAAUGGUCAUGCUUACAGGCACUGCGAUGCAUAUGGGAUCUGGCAGCGAGUACCUAACAUGAACAAGACUUGGGCCAAUUACACAGAAUGUGCCAUAUUCUUUGCCCCAGAACAGCAGAGCCAAGAGAAGGAAGUGUUUGCGCGCCUGCACAUCAUAUACACCAUUGGCUACUCUGUCUCCCUCACCUCCCUGGUGGCUGCUAUGUGCAUCCUUUGCUACUUCAAACGACUCCACUGCACUCGGAAUUACAUCCACCUCCACCUCUUUGCCUCCUUCGUCUGCCGAGCUGUGAGCAUCUUUGUGAAGGAUGUGGUGCUCUACUCCAGUUCACAGCAUGAGGGGCUGCGGAAAGCAGAGAAUGAUGACUGGGAUGCUGAAGAUCUGGGCCUCUCACUGGGACCCAGGACCCCACUGGCAGGCUGCAAGGUGGCUGUAACUGUGUUCCUCUAUUUCCUGGCUACCAACCACUACUGGAUCUUGGUAGAGGGCCUCUACCUCCACAGUCUAAUCUUCAUGGCUUUCCUCUCAAACAAAAGCUACCUGUGGGCCCUUACGCUCACUGGGUGGGGGGUACCUGCUGUCUUCGUGUCUGUUUGGGCUAGUGUAAGAGCCUCUCUGGCAGAUACACAGUGCUGGGACCUCAGUGCUGGAAACAUGAAAUGGAUCUACCAAGUCCCUAUUUUAGCAGCAAUUAUGGUGAACUUUUUCCUCUUCCUCAAUAUUGUGAGGGUUCUUGCAUCAAAACUGUGGGAGACAAAUGCAGGGAAAUUAGAUCCCCGCCAACAGUACAGGAAGCUGCUGAAGUCCACCCUAGUCCUGAUGCCCCUCUUUGGCGUCCAUUACGUGGUGUUCAUGGCCAUGCCUUACACAGCCGUCUCCAGUGUCCUGUGGCAAGUACAGAUGCACUAUGAGAUGCUCUUCAAUUCUUUACAGGGCUUCUUUGUGGCAUUUAUCUACUGCUUUUGCAAUGGGGAGGUGCAAGCAGAAAUUAAAAAAGCCCGUUUCCGCAGAAACCUGGUAUUGGACAUAAAGCAGAAGACCCGAGUCACCAGCACAGGGGGGAGCUACUACUAUGGCGGACUCGUCUCUCAUGCCACCAACAGCGUCAGUCUGAGUGUGGCCGGCUGGGGAGUGGCCUCAGCCGCAGCAGUCGCCAUGCCUCUGGGAGGUAAGAAUUGGCUGCUACAUCUCACGGCCACCACCCUUGCACCAGAAUACACCCCUGGCUCCUCCACCUUGGACAGAUCGCCAAGUCAAGAGGUUGUGCAAAGGCCCUUUGGGAAGGCUUUGGUGGGUUCUUCACCCCCAGAGGGAAGACAAUGCAGCCUGAAAAAAGAGCUGGAGACCAUGCUAUAAAAAGAAAACGAAGGGUUCAUCUGGGCCAGAAUCAAAUCACAGAGCCAGUGCCACUAGGCAAGCAAAUUGCUAGUUUCAUUCCUGAGCCACAGAACACUGUAGGGGUUAGAAAAGGUUCAUUCAGCUACACAAGCUAAUAGGUAGUUAAGACGGCUUAGAGAAUUAGCCAUUCCAGAAUGUUCCAUUGUAGACUUAGGCUUCGUCCUGGAAGUAGUCAGGCAGCAGUUAGCUAGGCUGCAUAGCUCUGCCUGGCUUGGCCUGUAAAGCAACAGACAUUUUUUUUUCCAUGUACCAGGAAAGUUCAAUGCUCUCACUCCUUUCAGUUUUAGCCUCCUAAGGAGGACUAAGCAAGCAGUGAGACUGUAUCCCAUAUCUCUGUCAACUUUUGGUUAGGCUUUGUUUUUGAAAAGCUAGGAGUUCAAAAUAAUGUAUUUUAGGGCUGCAAGACCUAAUCAAAUAAUCAAAUAAUCAAUUCAUUAACAGGGAAGGAGCAACUUCAACCAGUAAGCCUGAAAGUUAAGGGCAAACUUGUUGGUAUUGAUGGGUAUUUUGGUUCUGGUGCAUUAUAGUAAAGAGUAAAAUAUUAAAGAUUGUGUUUCCUUCUAA